GGCGGGAGGAUGCUCUCCCUAGUAUCUUCCAAAGGAUUAAAAUUGUGCUUUCACAUUUGGUCUUCAUCCACCUGGAACUGAUUAUUUGGGGAUGAGGGUGGGGGAGACGCCUAGUAUAAAGUAGGAGUUUGUUUUUGUUUUGUUUUUCCAAUUUCACCACCAGGAUGAUGUUUGUUGUGGUUUUUUAAAAUUUUAAAAUGCGCUCUUAAUGGAGGUACAGUUUACACCGCAGCUUUCUGGUGUGAUUGGUGCUUUGGGCGCAUCUGUGACCACACCCCAGUCCUGACCCAGAACCCUGCCAUCUCCUCAGACUUCCAGCUGCCAGUCCCUGCCCCUGGCCGGCCCACAGACACCCAGAUCUGCCUUUUCUAGAACCGUGUUUCCGGUGGGACAUGCACUGCAAGAUCCUUGUGUCUGGCUUCUUUCCUGCAGUACAGAGUUCUGUCUUUUGUUCAUUUCGGCUGCUGAGCAGUACCCGCCAUGUGGAUGGACCACUUUCUGUUCCCCACCACCCGUCGAUGAGCACUGUGGCUCUUUCCAUUGUGGGACUACUAUGAAGAAGGCUGCCUUGAACGUUCAGGCGUAAACCUUUGAAUGGAUAUUUGUGUUUGUGUCUCUUUUGUUUAUUUAUUUUUAGGGUGGGGGAAGGGCAGAGGCAGAGGGAGAGAGAGAAUCCUGAUGUGGGGCUCGAUCUCACAACCCUGAGAUCACGACCUGAGCCAAUAUCAAGAGUCAGACGCAUAAUUGACGGAGCCACCCAGGCACUUCAUGUCUCUUUAAACAGAGAACUUUUAUUACCUUCUAAAUUUGCUAAGAGUUUUUUUAAAAUCAUGAAUGGAUAAUGAAUUUAAUCAAAUGAUUUCUGUGCAUCUUUGGAAAGAUCUUACCAUUUUUCUCCUUUUGUCUUUUGUCGGAUUACUUUUUCCCCUCAUAGCAAGGCCCCUGUAUUAUAGGGAUAGACCUGGUUUGUCAAGCGUACCCCUCCUGCUCAGACACUCCUAGGUCAGUGACUCCGUGUGCUGACAUUUUUGGCACUGAUGGCCACCAGUGAGUUCAGUCUGUGAUUUUCCUCCAGUUCUGGUCUGAUGUGUGUGUGUGUUACCUUCAUAAAACGAGUCGGAAAAUACCAUCUUUUUGCUUCUCUGAGUGGAUUUGUUUGAGUAGGUUUGUAUGGCUCCUUGCACACUUGGUAGAACUGCCCUUGAGAUGGUAAGGCCUGGGGUUUCCUGACACCGAAGUCCAGGUCCUUAAUAGUUACAGAACUUCUGCGUUUUCUUUUUCUACUUGCCUCAAUUCUGGGGAGUUAUUUUUCUGGGAGUUUAUCAAUUUCACAUAAAUUUUCAAUUUUAUCAGCAUAAAGUUGUUCAUAAUUCAUACUAAUAGCAUAAUUCUAUUAUUGCUUGAAUGUAACUUUCUCAGUGAGAGACUCACUGACACCCCGUCCCCCACCAGUGCCCUGACUCUCCUUCCCUGUUCUUAUUGGUAGCAUUUAUCACCUUUUAACAUACUAAGUAAUUUACCCAUGUACUGCAUUUGUUACUUAUUGUCUGUCUUCCUCCAGUGGGAUGUGGGCUCUAGGGAGCUGUUGUCUUUUUCGUUCACUGAGGUCUAAGACCUUAUGUCAAGAGUCGGUAACCGUGUUUCUAGCCACAAUACAACGUCAAUAAAAUCAAACACACUGAAAGGUUCCUCACUCACACAAGCACAUUUCAGUGGCUCAGCAGCCACCCUGUUGGGCAGAGGGCUUUCAUACGAGUACCAUCAUCCCAGAGCGUCUGGUCAGCCCCGGUCUAGAGCCAGGCCCCGUGUUUCCUCGUCUCUGUUCUCUUGUCAGUGCCUUAGACACACCUGUUAAUCUUCCUAGCCAGCCAGCUAACUCUCUUCCUCCUUCCCUACCUCCCUCUCUUCCUUUUUCUGCAAGAAUUGAGCUUCAAAGAUAAAUGAAUACAAAACGCAGUGUGGGAAGCUUGAAGAGUGAAAAUAACAUAAACUGGAUAUAAUGUGAAUGGCAUUUAAGUAUGUAUUAGGCCCACCGUUCCAAGGUUGUAUUUAACCACGACCGUUAAACCGCCAGAGCCCUGGUGCUUUCUCAAGUGUGUCCCUACUUCAGAAGGGAGCAGGCACAGCACCUCCAGCCCUGUCUGUCCACCUUCCUGCCUGCAGGGUGGGGAGACCUCAGGGCUUCACACAAAGGAGGGAGAGCAUGGGCAGGCAGGAGGGAAAGUUCCACGGAGGUUCUGGAGGCGUCUCAGACUGAGCCCCCACAUGGCACCGUGGCCACCAGCCUGACCACCCCGGGGCCUGCAGGCUGGAAUGCAGACCCCCUGCAGCUUUGAGAGCGACCUGUUGGCUCCCUGUCACCCAGAGUGGGAGCCCGGGUCUUCCCAGAGGCCUCACGCGUGCCCUCUCCCCUCACCUGUGCUCACCCAGCUCCAGGCAGUGAGGCCCCUAACACGGCUCUCCCUGGGCCCCGAUCUCAGCCCUGUGCUGGUUGGUGUCUGUGCCUGUCUCCCCCCGGAACUCCGUGACCCCUACUUUGGCCCAGAACCCAGCUUGGAGCCUGCACGCUCACCUUAGGGGAUGUGAGGAGGGUGUGAGGGUGCAGAACACACAGAAAUCACAGAAGUUAAAUAGCACUGCGCUAUUCCCUGUCCCUCCCAGAGGCCCGAGCCUCCCGUCGGGUCACCCCUGAGAUCUACCCCCUCUUCUGGAGCUGUCCCCAUGGCCUCACGGCAUGUGACAGAACCCCUGCCUGCCUACACACCGCCCAUAUGCCCUCCCAGCCCAACAUCCCCUGGGCUUUGGUGACACCAGUCUGCCACUGAGAUCUGCCCAUGUCUCUGUGGGCGGUUCUGGUUUCACUGUCAUUAAUUCUCGUUUUCCUCGGUGGUUUUAAGCAAGUAAAUGGGCAAAGCCAAGGCUGCUGGUCUGGCAGGGGACGUGGACAGCGUGUGUGGUUGAUGCCCCUAUGUUGUGUGUCUCUACAGGCUUCAAAAUGUAGCAGAGGGUUCCAGGCUGCCAUGUACAGAAAAUGGACAGAGGGCAAGGGACAGAAGGGAGGCGCAGACGUGAAGACCGACAGGGCAGAGUGAAGCUGCUGGCAAGGACUCACAGCAUCAGAACAGCAGCCUGAGUGCCCCAUGCAAAGGCAGGAGGAGGGGACCGAAGACAUCUAGAAGAGCAGGAGUCUCGAGAGGGGUGCCACGUCCUUCGUGGCAUGACUCCAGGAGGCACAGCUGUCUGUCACCCAUCUGGUGCCCACCUAGUGUCACCUGGUCACUCAAAGCCAAAGAUGUUGACCAGAAAGAUUAAACUCUGGGACAUAAACGCCCACAUCACCUGCCGCCUGUGCAGCGGAUAUCUCAUCGAUGCAACCACCGUGACCGAGUGUCUGCACACGUUCUGUCGGAGUUGCCUGGUCAAGUACUUGGAAGAGAACAACACCUGCCCCACGUGUCGGAUCGUGAUCCACCAGAGUCACCCGCUGCAGUACAUCGGUCAUGACAGAACCAUGCAGGACAUUGUUUACAAACUGGUUCCAGGCCUUCAGGAAGCGGAAAUGAGAAAACAGAGGGAAUUCUACCACAAGUUAGGCAUGGAAGUGCCUGGAGAUAUCAAGGGGGAGACCUGUUCUGCAAAACAGCACCUAGAUCCCCAUCGGAACGGUGAAACCAAAGCAGACGACAGUCCGCACAAAGAAGCAGCAGAGGAGAGGCAGGACGAGGACAACGACUACCACCGGAGCGACGAGCAGGUGAGCAUCUGUCUGGAGUGUAACAGCAGCAAACUGCGCGGCUUGAAGCGGAAAUGGAUCCGCUGCUCGGCCCAAGCGACAGUCCUGCACCUGAAGAAGUUCAUCGCCAAAAAACUUAACCUUUCGUCUUUCAACGAGCUGGACAUUUUAUGCAACGAGGAAAUCCUGGGCAAGGACCACACGCUCAAAUUUGUGGUUGUCACAAGGUGGAGAUUCAAGAAGGCGCCCCUCCUGCUGCACUACAGACCCAAGAUGGACCUGCUCUGAGCUUGGCCGUGCCGGGCCCCGCCGACCGCACUGUCGCCCGCGGAUGCGUGGGGACCAGAUUUCUGAAUAGAGAGUAUUUAUAACUUUUGUAUGGGAGAAUUCACACUCAACAAGACACUACCAGCACCACGGUUACAAGACGACGAAACACUUCACAGUCUCAGCGGCCGAACGGGCGCCUCUCACAGACGAGAUGGUAAACAUAGUGGCCACACGACCUGUGCUUGCUUUCCAGGCCUUGAAAUCUGGUCAUUUCCGUUCUGUUUAUGAAUUAGGGUUCACGGUAAGCCUCAAAAAUACUUGUACGUUUACCGAACCCUUCCUAAGUUAUUGAAAAAAAUCUCUCUUCGUGGUGAAUGACAAUAUUUAUGUUGCCUUUAGCUUCCUGAAGACUUAGAAGGUAUAGAUAAAGGGUUAAUUUAAGAGCAUUCCAUUGAUACUAUGAGUUAGCCACGGUAUUUAAUUUUCCACUUUGCGAACCACGAAAAGCCGACAGCUCCCCUGCCUCGGGGGCGCUCUGGGCUCCGAGGAUGCACUGGGGCCACGCGGCCCGGAGGCGGGGGAGGGCUCCACCCGCGCUGCGGCCCGUCCCGGGCUCGGGGCGCUGCACGGGGUAGAGCGGAGCUGGCUGGGCCGGCUUAGUGCUGGCCUGCAGAGCCGUCCUUGUUCGUCAGCGUCACUGGUAGCGGACAGGGCUCUGAUGGUUCAGGGCCGCCGCUUACUUCCCUCCUUCAUUCUUUCCCGUGUUCAUCGUGCUGAAGAGAGAGGCGGGGGCGUGGUGUGGGGGUUUUCCGUGGGUCGGAGGAGGAGGGGUGCCCAGGCGGGCAGACACCCCUCGCCCUCCUGGACGGCUUACGCCUGAGGCUGUUGUCGGGGAGACGCGCCCUCCAGCCAGCUUGUGCUUCCGAGGAGCCUGCUGGUGGUUCUUUCGGUUCCUUGAUGGCCUGAAAUGCCAGUCACAGGCAGCACACACUUUGUUAACCCUUUCUCCUCCCAAAUGUUAAUAUUUUUGUGGAAUUAGUGAAUAAGCUGUGCCAGCACACAGGCAUUUGUCCCUUUAAAACAGUAACUUGGAAUGUGUAAAGGCAGGAGGAGAAAGCAGCCGUUUUCCGGGGCCAUGGAAGUGUUGUCCUGGGGUUCUGUGUCCGUCCUUGUCCUCUCCAUCCGCACCGUCCGUGUGUCUGUGAGCUCUGGGUUCUCCCGGUCCUCCCCAGUCACCCCCCGGGCGGCCGCCAGCGCCGGUGUCCACGACCGCCCACCUCCUUUGUUCAUGGAGUACGUCACCGCCCUGACUAGAGUUUCCUCUCACGUUUGCUCUGAAAGUUAGCGUUGGGUUUCUUCUGCUCCCUCUUCCGUACAUGAGACCUAAUCUUGGUGACGAGAAAACCAUUCAGGUUAAUUCAAUCCAAGGGAUCCUAACGUAAGGCCUUUUAGAAACAUAAAGACAGGUUCUGUUCGCGUCUCAUUAAAGCCCAUUAACUCCCAGUGAUGCGUGACGCGCUCGGUCCGUCCCAGGCGUGCGUUAGAGUCGCUCCACGAGGGUUAGCGAGGAGGUGUGUAUGAGUCAAUAUUACCUGUCUACCUCAGCAUACACAUUGCUCCUGAAGCGCCGCGCAGCCACGCGUGGCCACAGUGCGCUUUCAGGUGGAGCGCUCCGACUGGCUCUUUCCCUGGGUGGAGGGGAGGGCUCAACCGUGGAAGCAUCCAGAUUCCAACCAAAUCAACUCACGGUUCAGAUUCGACUGAGUAUCGCUGUAAUGAUCUCAUAGUACAUGUCUGUAACUUUGUAGCUAUCUUUGAAAUCACUUGAAUUUGCUAUGGUGCUAAGUGGACGUGUUCCGAUGCACAAGGAGGUGGAGACCGAGCCAGCGCCAACACCGCCGGCUGGCUGCUGACCCUCCUGUGACCCCUUUUGUAAUCGUGUUAACCUGACAAAACCUCAGCAGCAGACGUACCUAUUUUUCUAAGAUUCCUCAUGCAGACUGUCUUCACUGCACGACGGCCCCGGGGACCCCUGCCCCUCGGCCGACAGGAGCCCAGAGCCUGUGUCCCAGGGCAGCUUCCGUGGUCCCUGCCCCACUGGCACGCUUUCAUUUCACCUCAAAAGGCUGAGUUUCAUUUUUUCCAGCAUGAAAGCCAGGAUCAGUUUCUUUUUUUAACAGACGGAGUUCCUGUGAAGUGGUUUUCACGACUGUUUACGCUGGUAACGCAAGUGCUGUUCAGUUACCUUCCUGCAUCACCGUCACCGGCAGUGGGACCCGCCUCCCAGCACGUGGUCUCGCUACAUGCAGUUUUCAUGAAGAUAGAAAAUUCAGAUAGAAUAUAUAAUAUUGAAUUUAAGAUUUGGGGGGUUAAAAAAAAGAAAACUUAACUUUAUAAAAUUAUUUAUUCUAUUUUAAGCCUUCUAUCAUAUUUUCCCAUCCAGUUGUUUGGUUUCCGUGGUUCAGCUUUAUUUACAGGCAUAUAAAAUGAAAUUGUGACAUGUUUUGCAAGCUUCUUCUUUCUACUUUGAGUAGCUUUUCCUUUGUACGUUUUUGUUGUAUAGAGAUGAUGAAGAGCGUUGUUGGUGCUUUUGUGCAAUAGGGUCCAAGACGCAUAUAUUAGACACCUGUUCAAAUUGUAAUGUCGCAUCUCUUCUGCUAAAUCGAAAGGGAAUGUCGGUGGAAUUUCAAAACAUGUACAUUCGGCUGUUUGGUUUUCCUUUUCACUGUCGUUACAAGAAUGCUGUUUGGGGAUGGUUUGUGUGUGUGCCCUGUACGUGACCGGGCAGGCUGCCAGGAAGUGGUGUGUGGCCACCCUGGGUCUCCUGCUUUCAGACCCCGCGUGCUCGCAGCCUGGAUGCCCACACUCCAGACGGAGCUCCUGUCCCUCUAGGGCGUGUGGCCUCUGCUGCCUCCUUGUGGUGAAGUCUUUAGAAAGUCAUUUCCUUUUUCCUCAAAGCGCACAGGAGGGCAUUUUACAGCAACUUAAAAUGUGUCAUUGGAUUGAUUGUUCUAGGAACAAGCCAGCUAAUUUCUACUUUAUACGUGAAUAUUAGAUACGCUCUCGAGACAUUGAAAGUAAGCAGCGCAGAUAGCUAAGUCAGAAAAAAUCCGGUUUCUCUGUUUCCUCAGGAAAUCAUUUACACCACCACAUCACGUGUGACCUUAGCGUGACAAGCCAAUGUGUGUCUCUGCCCUGGUAUUUGAACAAACUCGUGAGGUGGGAUGAAUAGAUUAGAAAACCAUUGUUCAACCUAGCCGUGAUCUUUACAAAGAUCCCGUCCCUGCCAGGCAGGGACAGGUGUGGCGCGGCCAGCCGCCAGCCCACCAAGGAGGCUCUGCCCUCACCCCCCGCCCCCCGCUCUCCGCCAGCAUCGCGUAUGGUUCACCAUGUCCGUGAGCGCAUCUGAAGGAUGGACUGAAGUUUGAGUGUCCCCUAAAAUGUGUGUAGCAUUAGUGUAAAUGUCUAUUCCGACAACUUAAUUGGGCCUAAGAAAACCAUUUUUCCCCAAAUGAUGUGGGUCCAGGGUGUGAGCCGCCGUUAGCCUGAUUGCCACACGUGUCGCGGUUUAUUGAGAUGACAAUGCAGAUACAUAUUUUUGACUGUUUAAUUUGAAAGUUUACAUUUUUUAUGCUUUGUGUUGGUGUGUAAUUUUUGUACUAUUGGUGGCUAGUUUUUGUCUAAAAUCUUUUUUGGAAUACUGCUUAAAUGUUUUGAUUUUAUGAUAGUGAAGCUUGUACUCAGUGUUUUGCCAAUUAAUAUUAUAUGCUUGUAAUAAAAGCAAAAGAAAAACUUA